CUUUUCUUGUUCUUUUAAGUUUAUAUAUCUUAUUUGAAAUGUUUAAAGCAAUGGUCCCAUUUUGAUUUUAAAUCUCUUCUAUGUCCCAAGCUUCAUUGUUAUUUUAUCAAUAAAUCAAAUUCCAGAAGCAAUUUUAAUUAAGUCGAUUCAUAAUCAUUCAAUGAUCUGAGUGAAUCUCAGAGAGGGCUAAACUCAUACAAUUUUAAGCCAAAGACAUAUUUUAUUUUACAUAUAACCAAUUUUAAUAGUUGUGCAUUUUCUAUCUCCUAUAUUCCAAAAUACAAGUGUUCUAUGAAACAGUCUUAAUAAAUUAUGCAAAGCCAUCCAAUAGUACACUUGCCUUCUGUCUUCAGUUUAGAACAGUAACUAAUAAAAACUAGCAAGUGUACACAGAAACAGCAAGGGCUAAAAGUUGACAAGAUUUAAUUAUCCGCCUCCAAAUUCUACCGAACUGAACCCCAAGAAUGGUUAUGGCAUUUCUUUAAUAAGCAAUUUUAAAAAGCAGACCUGCGUUUGCAAGUAAAUGGGAGUAGAAUGAACGUUUUCAUUAUUAUCACCAAAAAACCCCGUAAUCUCUAAAAGAAACACAAUAUUUGGAAACAGAUGCGAGGGGGGUUGUUUGUUAACAGAGUGCUAAUGUGUGAAAAGAGACGGAGUGCAACUCGUCCAAACGUUUUGCAGAUUUGUCCUACUUUCUCUAGAAAAGGUACACCUAUCAUAAAUGUUUGCACCGGGAAAGCUCUUCCAUGACGCACCAUUGUGUGUUGUCGCCUCAUUUAAAGGACUCUUAAUAGAGAAACCCCUUCCAACCGAAGCCCUUUUCUGCGGGCCUGCCAUCUCCGGACGACAACGAGAAAAAGCCGGAUGGCAACGAGAGAAAGCAAAAUCCUAACCCUUUGCUGGCAUCUGGCGGAUGUCUGGAUUUUUUGCAGGAACAUCCAACUCAUUCGACGAGCCCGUUUGGUGAGACAGUCCUGAUAGGAGAAAGGAGAAAAUUUUAGUCACGUGAGCCGUUAUUCACGUGAUCUGUUGAAAACUCUUCACUCUAUUUGUUUCUUUCGGGUCGGGCUGAUUGCAGAAGCUUCUGUUACUUCGCCUGGAGACUGACUGUCCUAUACUUGCUGAGGAGCAAACUCCUGCCUUUCUCCAUGGUGAUUUAAUGCCCGACAGAGGUUGUGGUGGAAGAAGCACACAAUGCUGGUGAUUUCAACUCUAGCAUUUGUGAUCACUCUGCUUGGACUAUCUAGGACCUCAGAGGCAGCCAUAGCUGCUUCUAAAAGAGAGAAUGAUCACUGGGGUAAGAAUCAUGGCAGGAUUUCAGAGGUACCACAACAGAAACUAGAACAACAGUUGGAACCCCUGUCGAUGUCUAAACAGUGCAACAUCCCUCCAGACAGCCGCUUUGACUGUGCCCCAGAGAAGCUUCUCUCUCAAGAUGAAUGUCAAGCUCGGGGAUGUUGUUACGUCCCUGUCUCUUCCAAAGGCUCUGCUGGUUGGCAGCCAUGGUGCUUCUUUCCUACCAAUUACUCUAGUUACAAGAUGACAAACCUAACUGCCACCAAGACUGGCUACACUGCCCACUUGAUCCGCAGUGCACCUUCUUUCAUGCCGGAUGACAUCCUGAAUGUGCAGCUGGAUGUGGUCUUUGAGACCAAGGGGAGGCUUCACUUCACGCUUAAGAAUCCAGCUAGAAAACGCUAUGAAGUUCCUUUAGAAACCCCCAAGGCCACCAGUAAGGAAUCCUCAACUCUCUAUUCUGUGCAGUUCUCUGCUGAUCCUUUUGGCCUCAUUGUUUUUCGACAGUCCAAUGGCCAAGUUCUGCUGAAUACUACUGUGGCUCCUCUGUUCUAUGCUGACCAGUUCCUUCAGAUCUCCACUGCUCUGCCAUCACGUUUCAUCUCUGGAUUGGGUGAACAUCUGACCCCUCUUACUCUGAAUGUCAAUUGGACCAAAAUUACUUUGUGGAACCGGGACAUAUCACCUGCGCCCUCUGCCAAUUUGUAUGGUUCACACCCCUUCUACGUGGCUUUAGAAAAGGGUGGCUUGGCCCACGGAGUCUUCUUACUGAACAGCAAUGCUAUGGAUGUGUUACUGCAGCCCAGUCCAGCGCUGACAUGGAGAACUAUUGGGGGUAUCUUGGAUUUCUAUAUCUUCUUGGGCCCAGACCCAAGCAGUGUGGUGCGCCAGUACAUGGACGUUAUUGGUUACCCAUUCAUGCCUCCUUACUGGGCUCUCGGAUUCCAUCUGUGUCGCUGGGGAUACACUUCCACUGCUAUUACCCAGGAAGUGGUGAAAAACAUGACUGCAGCUCUUUUCCCCCUGGAUGUACAGUGGAAUGAUCUGGAUUAUAUGGACGCUAAGCGAGACUUCACCUUCAACAAGGAUGGUUUCAGGGAUAUGCCAGACAUGGUGAAUGAUUUCCAUCGUGAUGGUCGGAGGUAUGUCAUGAUUGUGGAUCCAGGGAUCAGCAGUUCCAGUCCCCCUGGCAGUUAUAGGCCUUAUGAUGAAGGCCUGAAGCGGGGGGUCUUCAUCGUAAAUGCGACAGGACAACCUUUGAUUGGAAGGGUUUGGCCUGGGCCCACUGUCUUCCCUGAUUUCACCAACCCAGAGACUCACCAGUGGUGGUAUGACAUGGUCAAGGAUUUCCAUGACAAAGUGCCCUUUGACGGCAUGUGGAUAGACAUGAAUGAGCCAUCAAAUUUUGUGGAUGGUUCCUUGGAAGAUUGUCCAAACAACAAGCUUGAGAACCCCCCAUACGUACCAGGAAUACUAGGGGGAACCUUGAAGGCAAAAACCCUCUGUGCCUCCAGUAGGCAGAAGCUGUCUUCCCACUAUAACUUGCACAGUCUUUAUGGGUUGACUGAAACCAUUGCAACACAUGAUGCUUUGGUGAAAGUGCGAGGGAAGCGUCCAUUUGUGAUCUCACGCUCCACCUUUGCCAGCCACGGACGCUAUGCUGGCCAUUGGACAGGGGACGUCAUAAGCAUUUGGGAACAUUUAUACUACAGUAUACCAGCAAUGCUGCUCUUCAAUCUCUAUGGAGUGCCAUUGGUUGGGACUGACAUCUGUGGAUUUCUGAACAGCACGACGGAGGAGCUGUGUGUGCGCUGGACCCAACUGGGUGCAUUCUAUCCUUUCAUGCGAAACCACAAUGACCGCGGAAGCAAGUCUCAAGAGCCAUAUGCCUUCAGCCUGGAAGCCCAACAAGCCAUGAGGAAAGCCUUUUCCCUGCGCUACUCUCUGUUGCCCUACCUUUACACCCUGUUCCACAAGGCCCACUCCACAGGCGAGACAGUAGCCCGUCCUCUUUAUUUUGAGUUCCCACAAGACACAUAUACAUGGACCAUUGAUAGACAGUUCAUGUGGGGAGCUGGGCUCCUCAUUACUCCUGUGUUAGAAGAAGGGAUAAGGAAAAUUGCUGGCUAUUUUCCUUUGGGGACAUGGUACGAUAUCACCACGGGAUCCGUCAUCCACAGCAAGGGACAAUGGAUUCUCCUACCUGCUCCACUUGACACGAUCAACGUCCACAUCCGUGGAGGUCACAUUCUUCCUUUGCAGGAACCUGCUCUCACAACCACAGAGUCCCGCUUGAAUGGAAUGACGCUCAUCGUGGCGUUGACACUGGAAGGGGUAGCCAGAGGAGAUUUGUUCUGGGAUGAUGGUGAAGGUCUGCUGACCUUUGAGAAGGGUGAUUACACACAGAUCUUCUUUCUGGCAACACAUGGUGUGCUAAUGAAUGAGAUUGUGCGACUCAGCAGCCACAUAGAUGGGCUCUUUCUGAUACAGGUGCUGGUGUUAGGUGUCCCCAGCCCACCCCAUCAGGUCCUGGCAAAUGAUACCCCUGUCUUGAAUUUUUCUUACCGCACUGAUACCAAGGUCCUUACUAUUCCACUCUCUUUGCUGAUGGGGGAGGAAUUUGUCAUCACUUGGUCCUGAGAAGAAAAAAAGACAGACCACAAUCUGAAUGAAAAAUAAACACUUCUGAAAUGUAAAAUGAAAAAAAAAAAAAGUUUCUUCGAGGAACAAGAUCCUUUUGCUCUGGUGUUCCAGUAAGGAUUAUUAGGGCUUGCAGGAGAUCUCCUGUGCUCUUUAUCCAAGCUGGAUACAUAACAAGAUUUGUGUCGGGUUGGAUGCUACCAGGCUUCAUGACCAGAUUCUAUAAUGGUUUGAAUGAUUGCAUUUUUCAAGUGUCGCCUCCUCCUCCUAGAGAAGAAUACAUAAUUUCUGUUAAGGAUGGCUUUUCCGGCAGGCCUGGGGUUUAUAAAACCUUACCCCUGGAUGAUUGUUUUUGUAUUGUUGUUUUGUUAUGUUUUAUGUGUUUUUAUUGUUAGCUGCCCAGAGUCCUUCGGGAGUGGGGCGGCUUAUAAAUUUUAAAAAUAAAAUAAAAUAAAUGUUGUAAUAUUCCCCAGAAAUGCACAGGGAAGUGGAGUAGAGUAGUUGAUUUUCAAGUGCCAGGAUUAUAUUCUAUAAUUUUAUAAAAUUAGGGGGGGGGAAGGAUCUCAGUGUAUAGAUAAUGAAAGUACCAGAUGUCCCAACCAAUAUACUGACUGCAUGCUACUGCAUUAAUAUAAUAAUUUGACAAACACGUUGUCUAUGUGAUAAUGCUUUAUACAUUUAUAUAAAACCAUACUUCCUUGAACCAAAGUUUUCCUCAUCUUCUGAUAGAUGUUCUCAUGGCAGCCUCAGGUGAGAAUGCUUAAGCAUUGACAAUUGAUUGCUUCCCAGUUGCUAUGUCUUUUUGAGGGAAUAGUUUAGUUCUCCAUCAGAAAACUGAGUUGUUUCAAGACCAGGCCUCCUUGAAGCAUUCAUAGACUUCUCUAUUCAAGUUAGACAAAUUAUUGACUUGCUUGAAUAGAGAAAUCCAGGAAUAGAGUAGCUUCUACCUUUUGUGUUUGCUUGAUUCUUUGCUGGCCCAUCCUUUUCUUUCACUUCCAAAGGCUUUCCUCCUUACUUUUUAUACAUUUUUUUAAGCACUGAGUCUGGACAUACUCAUUUCCUGGAAAUAGUUUUAUUCCCAAUGAAGUUGGUAUUUUCCCUAUAUUGUAUUCAUCUGCAUAAUUGAGACUUGCUUCCUGUUCGAAGUCACACAAGGAUAUUUAAUAUAGGAGUUAGACUGAUGUUCUGUACUAUUGUGUUGAGAUGAUAUAACAUGGGAUGCCACAUAUUCUUACAAAGAUUUACAGUACAGCAUUUUUGUCAGAUGGUUAUAUUAAGAAAAAAACAUAAGAGUUCAUUGGUUGGACAAUUUGGUACAUUUUAUAUAUUUCUUUUAAAGCAAGCAGUGCAUUUUUGGCGUUGUGCAGUGAAGGAACAGUUCCUAAUUUCUUCUUUCAGUUGGAACAUGGAAUAGGAAAAUCAAGGAAAAGUUGAAAUUGUCAAAAUGGAUAUGAUGUAUACUAUUUUGGAUGUCCUAAGAAUAAAGGAAUGUUUAUGAACCAGAA